UUCUUCGUCGGAAGAUAUCCUCGUACGGACCCCUUUCUUCCGCCUCUUUGUUUCAGUUCCUCUACUUCUGGAACAAAAAAAAAAAGGAUGAUGGAUAUGCUCAUAACGAGGAAGGGAUGGCCAUGUUUAUGGGAGCAUGUGAGCAUAGCCAUGGAAGUCGGCUUCAUGGCUUUCAUCCUUAUCCAUUCGGGACUUAAAUGGAUCGGUGUCUUGAGGGACAGCAGAAGUGCUGAUGAAGACGAGUUGAAGAAGCAUGAUGAUGAUGACCUGACCGUGACGAAACUCAGCAUCUCCUACUUCAUCAGCCUUUCCUGCUGUGUCCUCAUGGUCGGGAUUCAUUGUUUCGUCAUUUCCCUUAUGCUUCUCAGCGGCAGCAGCAGCAGCCUGGCUCGGUGUGAUUCCCCUGUCCGAAUGUUCUCUGCUGAAAUCUUACAGGUUUUGUCAUGGGGGAUCGCGUCUUUUGCGGUUACGAAGACACGGAAGAAGAAGCUUGUCAGGUUUCCUUGGUUGCUAAGAUCAUGGUGGCUUUGCAGCUUCUUGUUAUCCACCGCCGUAUUCUUGGCUUUCGAUACCCAUUUCGUAUCUGCAAAACACAACAUCAGCCUCGGGUUUCGAGAAUUUUCCGACUUCACCAGUCUUCUAGCCUCGCUGUUGUUGCUUGCUAUUUCUGUCCGAGGGAAGACUGAUCUCUGUUUCCUCAGUUCCAACGAGAUCGCAGAGCCACUUCUCAAAUGCGAAACCGAUCAACACGAGAGGGAGUCUCUAUAUGGGAAAGCGACUCUUUUCCAGCGGAUGAAUUUCUCGUGGCUCAACCCUUUGUUCUCCGUUGGGUAUAAGAAACCUCUUGAAAAGGAUGACAUCCCUGAAAUUGAUGUGAAGGACUCAGCCAGAUAUUGCUCUCUGAUAUUUGGCGAGCGGCUGAAAAGUACCAGAGACAGGGAGGGAGCUGGAAACACUUCGUUCUAUAAGUCGGUUUGCCUGUUUGUCUGGAGAAAGGCAGCAAUCAAUGCAUUAUUCGCAAUUAUAAACGCGGGAACUGCAUAUAUCGGUCCGUACCUUAUCAACGACUUUGUGGAAUUUCUAACCCAGAGGGAGAUCCAGAGCUUAAAGUAUGGUUAUCUUCUUGCAAUCGGAUUCCUAAGUGCAAAAAUUGUCGAGACAGUAACCCAAAGGCAAUGGAUAUUUGGAGCUCGUCAGCUGGGGCUUCGCCUCCGAGCGGCUUUAAUAUCGCACAUUUACCAAAAGGGGAUACUUUUAUCGAGCCAAUCUCGGCAAAGCCACACGAGCGGAGAGAUCAUCAACUACAUGAGUGUAGAUGUCCAAAGGAUCACCGAUUUCAUCUGGUACAUGAACACCAUAUGGAUGCUGCCUAUACAAAUCACGGCCGCAAUUUACAUCCUGCAAACCCAUCUGGGUCUCGGGGCUUUUGCCGCAUUAGCCACAACUUUAGCCGUGAUGGCAUGCAACAUUCCCCUGACAAGAAUGCAGAGAAGGUACCAAUCAGACAUCAUGAAUGCAAAAGAUGACAGGAUGAAAGCUACUUCAGAAAUCCUGAAGAACAUGAAGAUUCUGAAGCUUCAAGCAUGGGACAACCAGUUUCUCAACAAGGUCAAGAGUUUAAGAAAGAAAGAGUACCAUUGUCUGUGGAAGUCACUGAGGUUACAAGCAUUCACAACUUUCAUCCUCUGGGGAGCUCCCACGUUGAUCUCCGUAGUCACCUUCUCAGUAUGUUUGCCUCUGGGAGUGCAACUCACAGCUGGAGGAGUCUUAUCUGCUCUUGCAACAUUUCAAAUGUUACAAGGUCCUAUAUUCGGUUUACCUGAUUUGCUCUCCGUUAUCGCCCAAUGCAAGGUUUCAGCCGAUAGAGUAGCGUCCUACCUUGAGAAAGGUGAAAUCCAGAGAGAUGCUGUUGAAUACUCCCCAAAGGAUGAAACAGAUUUCGGUGUUGAAAUAGAAAAUGGAACGUUUAGUUGGGAACCUGAUUCAAACAGACCAACUCUUAGCGAGAUAGAACUGAAAGUAAAGAGAGGGAUGAAGGUGGCAAUCUGUGGAGCUGUAGGAACAGGAAAAUCUAGUCUACUGUCGGCAAUCCUGGGGGAAAUCCAGAAGCUGUCAGGAACUGUUAGAGUCAGUGGUACACAAGCUUAUGUUCCUCAGUCUCCAUGGAUAUUAAGCGGGACUAUAAGGGAGAAUAUUCUGUUUGGAAGCAUUCACGAACCUGAGAAAUACGAGAGAACUGUCAAAGCAUGUGCCCUAAUAAAGGAUUUCGAGCUAUUUGCUAGCGGAGACCUGACUGAGAUUGGAGAGCGGGGGAUAAACAUGAGUGGUGGACAGAAACAGCGGAUACAAAUUGCUCGGGCUGUUUACCAGGAUGCUGACAUAUAUCUACUUGAUGAUCCUUUCAGUGCUGUUGAUGCUCAUACAGGCAGGCAACUCUUUGAGGAAUGCUUAAUGGGGCUACUGAAAGACAAGACUGUGUUAUACGUUACCCAUCAAGUUGAAUUUCUUCCGGCAGCAGAUCUUAUACUGGUGAUGCAAAAUGGGAGAAUCAUGCAAGCUGGUAAAUUCGGACAGCUUCUAAAGCAAAACAUAGGCUUCGAAGUUCUGGUAGGAGCUCACAACGAAGCUCUCGAGUCAAUCCUCUCAGUUGAAAAGUCAAGCAGAAACUUCAAAGAUUCAUCACCUGAAGAUGAAUCCAAAGACGAUAAUAGAGCAUUAAUUGCAGAGACCCCCAAGACACAGCAUGAGUCAGAGCAUAACAUCUCUACCGAGAAGAAAGAUAAGGAAGCAAAGCUAGUGAAAGACGAAGAGACAGAGAAAGGAGGAAUUGGAAAAGAAGUUUACUGGGCAUAUCUGACGACUGUAAAGCAUGGAAUUCUGGUUCCGUUUAUAAUCUUGGCGCAGUCAAGCUUCCAAGGUCUACAGAUAGCUAGCAAUUACUGGAUGGCAUGGGCCUCUCCUCCCACAGCUGAUUCCCAACCAAAGUUAGGAAUGGAUCGAAUUUUACUUGUUUACUCACUUCUUGCUGUUGGAAGUUCAUUUUGCGUUUUGGUAAGAACUAUUCUGGUCGCGUUAGUAGGACUUUGGACAGCAGAGAAUUUCUUCUCAAAGAUGUUGCACAGCAUCUUCCGUGCUCCCAUGGCAUUUUUCGAUUCAACUCCAACCGGAAGAAUCUUGAACCGGGCAUCCACAGAUCAAAGCGUCCUGGACUUGGAAAUAGCAAUCAGAUUAGGCUGGUGCGCUUUCUCAAUCAUUCAAAUUUUGGGGACUAUCACUGUGAUGUCCCAGGUAGCAUGGCAAGUGUUUGUCAUCUUCAUUCCAGUAGCAGCAGUCUGUGUAUGGUAUCAGCGAUACUACACACCGACAGCAAGGGAACUGGCUCGCAUAUCAGGAGUACAACGAGCUCCAAUUCUCCACCACUUUGCAGAAUCCAUUGCUGGAGCGACAACAAUCCGUGCUUUUGAUCAACGAGAACGUUUCAUCAAUUCAAACCUUGCUCUAAUUGACAACCAUUCAAGGCCAUGGUUCCAUGUAAUAUCAUCAAUGGAGUGGCUUUCCUUCAGAUUAAAUUUGCUAUCCCAUUUUGUCUUUGUUUUCUCCUUGGUACUACUGGUGACACUACCUGAAGGAGUAAUCAAUCCAAGUAUUGCAGGUCUUGGGGUUACAUAUGGCCUGAAUCUGAAUGUCUUGCAAGCCACAGUCAUAUGGAAUAUAUGCAAUGCGGAAAACAAGAUGAUUUCUGUAGAAAGAAUUAUUCAGUACUCAAAGAUAGCCAGUGAGGCACCUCUAGUAAUUGAAGAUUGCAGACCUCCUGAUAACUGGCCAGAUGCUGGGACAAUCAGCUUCAGAGACCUGCAGGUUCGUUAUGCAGAGCAUUUCCCGGCAGUCCUGAGGAACAUCACAUGUGUGUUCCCGGGAGGAAAGAAAAUAGGAGUUGUAGGAAGAACAGGAAGCGGGAAGUCGACCCUAAUUCAGGCAAUAUUUAGGAUUGUUGAACCAAGUCAAGGCAGUAUUAUCAUUGAUGAUGUGGACAUCUCCAAGAUAGGUCUUCAUGAUCUAAGAUCAAGGCUCAGUAUCAUUCCUCAAGACCCAGCACUGUUUGAUGGAUCAGUUAGGGGAAAUCUAGACCCUCUAUCACAGUAUACUGAUGGAGAAAUAUGGGAGGCGCUUGAAAAAUGCCAACUUGGAGAAGUUCUGCGGACAAAGGAAGAGAAGCUGGACGCCCCAGUGGUCGAAAAUGGAGAAAAUUGGAGCGUUGGACAAAGGCAGCUGUUCUGUCUCGGGAGGGUGCUGCUAAAGAAAAGCAACAUUCUUGUUCUGGAUGAAGCCACAGCAUCGGUUGAUUCUGCAACAGAUGGGGUGAUACAGAAGAUUAUCAAUCAAGAGUUUAAAGAACGGACUGUGGUGACAAUAGCACACAGAAUCCACACAGUCAUUGAGAGUGAUCUUGUUCUGGUUCUAACUGAUGGGAGAAUUGAAGAGUUUGACUCACCAGCAAAACUGCUAGAACGGGAGGAUUCUUCGUUUUCCAAACUCAUAAAAGAGUACUCUGUGAGAUCUCAAAGCUUUAGCACCUUAUCUACUCUGCACAACUGACAGGCAGAUACCACAGGAAGCAAUUGUAAUACGUUGAUGGGAUUGGCUGCAACAGAUCUUUACUAUCACCAAUUCAAUAAAGUAGAAACUUCAUCAAAAGUUCAAUACAUUCCAUCUUCUAGUCA